AAAAAAAUAUAUGACUUUAUAUUUAUAAUAAAGUAUAUAAUAAAGUUAGAAUACAAACACAAAAGGUAGUAAAAGGAAAGCAGCUUAUGCUCCAUGUUUGCAGAACUUGUACCUAGACAUCCUGGAAUAAACAAGAAACGGGAAACCCCAGCAUCAUCAGUAGCUCGUGCUGGACCUUCUAACAAGUCUGGGAAGAGUGGAAGAAAAAAGAGUUUAGUUUCCACUUCCAACUAGUAUCUAUUUUGUAAUUCAGAUUGCACAAUAAUUUUUUCAUAAAAAAAUAUAAUCCCUUGUUUUCUAGUCAGAUUGUAGUCACUUGAUUUCUCCACAACCAUAUGGACCACACUGCUGUGAAACAGACUGUAACCCAUGCAUAUUGAAGUUUUUUGUUAAGAAAUAGACCAGCACGUUGUCGUAGAUGCUUCAGUCCUUCAUCUUGUGUUGCUACAUCUAUUCCCCACCAUGCAUGGCAUAAGGACCAAACUUCCCAGGUUGUUUUGCAAGUACAUAAGCGAUGAUUUGGGCUUUCUACCUGUUUUCCACAAAGAAUACACAUGAAAUGUCAGCACCAUCACGUAUGAUUCCUCUUUUGAACAAAUUCUCCAUUGUUGGAAUUCUAUUCUGCAAUGCUUUCCAAAUGAAAGCCGAGACCUUCAGCGACACCUUGUUGUUCCAUAUCAGCUUGUACUUGCCAAUUUCACUACCUUGUUAAUCUGAUGUUAGAAGCUCGUAUGCCAAGCUCACUGAAUAGCUGACCUUUGAAUCGUGUUUCCAACUCCAGCGGUCCUUUUGUCCUUGCUUCGGCUGUUUUCCUUGCAGAGCUUCAAUUAAUUCCUGCAAAAGAGUAUUUUCCCAAGCAAAAAUAUUUCUCCUCCAUUUCCAAUGCCAUCUCCAAGGAAGAAUACACAUUAAGGCUUGGUUAUUUCUAACUUCCACAUUAAAAUUUCUCAAUUUUAACUUCCUUUUUAGCUUCAACAGGAAAUAGCACUACCAACACU